CCUCUUCUUCCUCGGCCAAAGCCCCUCCGGCGCUGCUGCUGCUGCUGCUCCUUUCCCUCUCGGGCUGAGGCUGAGGCUGAGGCUGGCAGGCAGCCCCUUCGUCCAAACUUUGCUGGGGCUGGAAGGCGCAGGGAGCAAGGCAAGGCGAGGAGGCAAGGGCAGGGCAGGGGCUGCCAGCUCCCUCGCUCCCUCCGCUCCUGCUCCUGCUCCUGCCAGCAGUUCCUGGGAGAGGCUUCCUGGCCCUCCUGCCUGGGCCCCCUGACCCCUGCCUCCCUCCAAGGGCUCCAGGCAGAAGAGGGAGAGCAGCCUCGGAGGCUUGGGAGCAAAGCCAAGCCCGACGACCAUGCCUCAGCUCAAUAGCGGCGGAGGCGACGACCUGGGCGCCAACGACGAGAUGCUGGCCUUCAAGGACGAGGGCGAGCAGGAGGAGAAGAGCCAGGCCAGCGGCGUCUUCACCGAGGGGGACCUGGCCGACCUCAAGUCCUCCCUGGUCAACGAGUCCGAAGGAGCCGGGGCCGCAGGAGGGGGGCAGGCGGCCCACGAGGCCCCGGGGGACCCCUCGGCCGCCCCCGCCCCCUCGGCCUCCAGCCACGGCGCCCAGGGCCAGGCGGCGAGGCGCUUGCAGGACCCCCAGAGAGUCUAUGCAGAGAAGCUCCCGGAUCACAUGGAAGAGGGUUUAAAGCAUCAAGACCCAGGGAUGUACAAAGGAUCUGCCUACUCUGGAUACCCUUUCCUCAUGCUGUCUGACCCUUAUCUGCCAAAUGGAUCUAUGUCACCAUUGUCCAACAAGGUGCCCGUUGGCCAGCCGUCCCAUGGUGUCCAUCCACUCACCCCACUCAUCCCGUACAGCAAUGAGCAUUUCAGCCAUGGCUCCCAUUCACCACACUUGCCAGCUGACAUCAAUCAGAAACAAGGUGUACACCGCCCUUCUCAAACAUCAGAUAUAUCUGGUUUCUAUUCCCUCCCUCCUGGUGGGGUUGGACAGAUAACCCCUUCUAUGGGAUGGCAAAGCCAGCCUGUCUGUCCUUUCCAGUCAUGUGGAUUUAGACAGCCCUAUACGUCGGCGCUCUCUGCUGGGGCUACUUUCUCUAGGAUCACACAUCCCUUGGUGCUUGGCUCUGGAAUGCACACGACAGGAAUCCCACAUCCAGGCAUCACCUCCCCCUCUGGAAAACAAGAAAUGGAUCAUUAUGACCGAAGCAUGAAAUCACAACCAGAGCCAAAGAGAGAGAAGGAAGCCAAGAAGCCAACAAUCAAAAAGCCAUUGAAUGCUUUUAUGUUGUAUAUGAAAGAAAUGCGGGCAAAGGUCAUUGCUGAGUGCACCUUGAAAGAAAGUGCCGCUAUCAAUCAGAUUUUAGGAAGGCGGUGGCAUGCACUGUCGCGGGAGGAACAAGCCAAGUACUAUGAACUGGCCCGCAAGGAGAGGCAGCUUCACAUGCAACUUUAUCCAGGCUGGUCUGCAAGAGAUAAUUAUUCUUCUUCAGGCUCUUCAUCCCGUGAUCACACAAAGUUUAACUCAGGGCCCCUGGAAUUCAGCAGUACUUCGGGGCCGGUUUCUGCGGCAAGGGGAAAAAAGAAAAGAAGAACAAGAGAGAAGCAGCAAGACUCCAAUUCAGAUCCUGCUUCUCCUAAGAAAUGCAGAGCUCGCUUUGGCCUCAACCAACAAAUGGACUGGUGCGGCCCAUGCAGGAGGAAAAAGAAGUGCAUUCGGUACCUACAAGGAGAAGGACGCUGUGCCAGCCCAGUUUCUUCCGAUGGAAGUGCUAUAGAUUCCCCUCCUUCCCCUUUGGAUGUGCUUCAGUGCAUACCUUCUGCUUUCACUUCAGACAAGCUUGCUGCCCCUGCAGAUUUGACAUCCCAAAACCAAACCAAUCCUUUCCCCAUAUCUACGCCUAUCAAAACUGCUACAAGCACAUCAAGACUAACUUCUAAAUGCUCAGUGGUGCCUCAUAUACCUGCAGCACCCAGCAAAUCCUCAGGGUACAGCGUGCUAUCAAUAGGAACAUAAUGCUGGUGCAGCAACAACCAGAAAGGCUCACAAGCUCAUCAGGCACUUUGAAGAGUGGUUUUUCUGCCCAUGGAAGCUGCCCAAAGAUGACCCCAGCCAUCCCAUCAUGUCUGCCAACUGCAGUCUGCAAGUCAGGUGAAAGCCAAAACAAUAUUUGGACAACGCUGGCACACUGAAAGUGCUUUUCAUCUAAGUGAGAACAGCAGAAACCCCUCUUGAAAAAGUAGGAAUGAAGACUCAAACUUUAUUCUGGUCAGUAAGUCAAUUCUAUGCUUCAUCUACCAAGCCAGCUAAAAACAAAAUAGUACAUGGAAGUUUUUAAAUAGUAGCAUGAGAGCUGCUAUAAAUGGUAGACAUUCGUGCUUUUUUGCAGAGAUAAGUUUCAGUCACUCAGUAAAUAAUGGAGAUGCCAGAACAGCUGAAAAAGUGAGUUCUCCCCCCCACCCUGCCCCCCAUGCAGUGACUGAAUGCAGGAAUGUAAAAAGAUUAACAAGAAAAUGUGGAAUAUAUUACUGUGCUUCACCUUUAGGGAAACAUGCUGAUUCCAGGCAACUAGUUUCUUCACAGCUGUAAUGGGAGUAGGAAAAGCCAGCAGUAUGAUAAUAGGAACUAAGUGAUAAAGGAAUAUGUACUGCCUCCUUUAAGUCUGGCAAGUAUUCUUUUUGUACAAAACACCACAAAUACCUACUGGCAAGGGCUGUAUGCAUCCUACCCUUUAUUUUUUUAAAUCAAUUAUUUAUGUUAACAAAUGCUGGAUUCUGCUGAGUUUUUAAGUAAGCAAAAAUGACUCAUGGUGAUUCUGUUAGUCAAGGGCAGGGAAGUUAAAUGUUACAGAAGCCAGUCAAAGAGAUGGAACAUACAUACCAAAGUCCAUCACAAGAAAUCUUACAGUGUUCUUUCUGUUUCUGAAAUGUUAGCAGCAUUGUGUAUUAUGUAAUUUCUGACAGAGAGAGACUGUGACCAAGCGUAGUCAUAUUACAUUGUUUGAUCCCUGUGUGUUUAAAAUUACAAUCUGUAACUGUAGAUUACAGACUCCUUAAGUCCCUAAUGCACCAUCAGUGUUAGGCAAAGCUAACUAUAACGAACAUAAAAGAUACCUGAUACAUUCAUCAGCGCCAGCACUGUUUUCCUCCAAGGACAGAGACAGGCAUACCCCUGAACAAUCUGUGCAUUUUAAUAGUGCAUAUGGGAACACUGAGCUACUGGAGAAAGAAUACAAAUAUGCAAGAUAACUGUGAUGUAUGUUGGGCAAAACCCCAGUCACAGAACUCAGAAAAUGUAAGAGUGACUGGCCAGUACACAAUUAUGUUUAACCUGACCAUUUCCUUCCUUCAGAGGCCUUUCUCUUUGACCAACCUCAUAUAAAUUGGCACUAUUAAACUUUCUCAACAUUUCACAGAAAUCACCCCAAAUAACAGAAAUGGUCGUAAGUGGUCAUAUCCUGAAUUGGUGGAAAAGGUGUUUGGGGGGGGGGGGUGGCUACCAAUUACAGUACCAUCUACUUCAGAAUUUUAUUUUGUAACUGAAAUCAAUAGGAUACAUGCAAAUAUAUUUAUUUCUACUUGGCUAUAGCCCCCCUAUGAUCAAUUAUACUUUCUUCCAGAUGAAUACAAAGUUAGCUAUAAAAAAAAAUAAUUAAGAGGCCAUAUUGGUAUUAGUGUCAGUAGUAUAAUCAGUCAUUCCAUAUUUUAGCAAUCAUAUUUUUCCCUUUUGGAAAUGUGUAUUAUAUUGUUUUGGAGGCAAAGCAACUAGUAGAAGUUGCUAGUAGUGUCAGCAUUACAUAAUAAAAAUAAAACAUAUUUCCAAAUUACAGAACGUUUUGAAUACAAAAUAUAAACUGUGCACAGUAUUGUUAUUAUGUCAUGGUAUAAGCAAUCUGAAAGCACCUUUUUAAAUAACCAAAAUAUUUUUGUAUUUAGGGCAAACAUUCAAGGGCCUAAACUAUUUUUUUAUACAUUGGAAUAAGAUCUCUUUCAACUUAAACCUUGUUUGCACUAAUGUAUUCCUCUUCCAUUUAAAAAAGCCAGCAGUAUUCUAAAACAUACUCCUACACAUUGUUCGUACACAAACACAAUAGUGCUGGCAUAGAGGCAUGCAGCUACAAACCCAACAGAAGUUUUCAACUUAAGGCUGUAGUUAGCCCUGUCCAGACUACUAUAUAUAACUGAAAUAACCUAAUUAAAUCUAGUUGGUUUCAGAGACAAAUGGAACAUGCUUAUUUUAAAUAUGUAUACACCAUACAAAUCACAUAAUUUUUUUCAAAUGUAAAAAUAUGUUGAAGCCUUUAUAUUGCAAUAGAAGACAUCUCUGAAGUCUAGCAUACUUAUGUUCCCUCCUUGCACUGGCAGAACUUUACCUCUUUAUGUAUACACAUGCGUGUAUAUAGCACAGCACAAGCUAAAAUUACUGCCAGUUACUGCCAGUGGCUCCUUUUUGGACCACCGCCAAUAGCUUAUGGCAGCGCGAGCACGUCGCUGCUGCAUGGCUCCAUUUGAAUGCCACACAGCAGUGACAUCAUUGCUGUGUGUGCCGUCUAUUCACCACCACACAGCAAGGACGCCCUCAUCACAUGUGAGGGGUGUGUUGGCGGGGCGUCCCUCGUACUUGACGAGGGCGUUCUUCAGAGCCGCUAUGUACUGGGUCUUAGUAAGGGAAAACUGAAAUAUCUAUGGAACAAGGCUUUCACAGCCUCAUCAUUGAAAUAGCUGGACAGAUUUUUAUGUUGAAGGAAACAUUUGCAACAGAAUGUUGUACAGCUGCCUUAGAAAUGUAAAUGUUUGUAUUAGAAUAGAGACACCAGUGGGAUCACUCCAAUUGUUGUCAAUUCUUACUUCCUCAUCUUGGAGGAGAGUACAUACAAAGUUUAGCUUUGCACAUAAAUUUUGAGAUACAGGUUGAGCCUCCCUUAUAUGAAAUGCUAGGGACCAGAAAUGUUUUGGAUUUUUUUUAUUUCAGAAUGCCUGUAUUUGCAACCAGCAUGGU